UCCCGUUUAUUGUCCCGCCCCCCGUGGCCUGUGCUGCGGUAGCGCCAUGAGGAGCUUGCUUGGUCGUCGGUGUUGGAGCGCUGCCCCUAGGCGUCUGUGGUGCUCCGUGAGCGGAGAUCAGGCUCGGAGCUUGCAGCAAGAACGGCCUGGCUCUUGCGGUCGCGGCGGAACUGAGAACGGCCACCCAGCCGGCCUGCAAGUCUACAACAGCCGAACGGGCAACAAGCAGCCUUUGGUGCUGUCGGCCCCUGCCACUGCCUCCUGGUAUAGCUGUGGACCGACGGUAUAUGACCAUGCUCACCUUGGACAUGCAAGCUCGUAUGUUAGAUUUGACAUCAUAAGAAGAAUAUUGACCAAUAUCUUUGGCAUUGAUGUCAUCAUGGUGAUGGUUAUCACAGAUAUUGAUGACAAAAUAAUACAGAGAUCUAAGGAGUUGAAUAUUCCCCCGAAAGUACUUGCAUCCAUUUAUGAACAAGAUUUCAAACAGGAUAUGGCAAGCUUAAAGGUUCUGCCACCCACAGUAUAUAUGCGAGUAACUGAUAACAUUCCCCAGAUUGUGAAAUUCAUAGAGGGAAUCAUCUGCAAUGGUCAUGCCUAUUCUACCUCCAAAGGAAAUGUGUAUUUUGACAUCCAGUCUAUUGGUGAUCGUUACGGAAAGUUUACCAAAGUGUGCGGUCACGUCACUGAAGAAUUGGAUGAAAGUGAUAAACGACGCAGCAGGGACUUUGCUUUGUGGAAAACAUCAAAACCAGAGGAGCCGUUUUGGCCGUCCCCAUGGGGAAAUGGUAGACCUGGCUGGCACAUUGAGUGUUCGACAGUUGCAAGCUCUGUAUUUGGAAAUCAACUGGACAUCCAUUCUGGUGGAAUAGACCUGGCCUUUCCCCAUCAUGAGAACGAGGUUGCUCAGUGUGAGGCUUACCACCAGUGUGAGCAAUGGGGAAAUUACUUUUUACACUCUGGACAUUUGCAUUUGAAGGGAAGUGAAGAAAAAAUGUCAAAAUCUUUGAAAAAUUACAUCACAAUAAAGGAGUUCUUGGAAAAAUUCACCGCAGAUCAUUUCCGAAUGUUUUGCCUUCUGUCAAAAUACAGAUCAGCGGUGGAAUUCAGUGAUGCCAGCAUGAUGCAAGCUGGAAACCUUCUCCACUCCAUUGCAGCUUUUAUUCACAACGCCUCUGCUUACAUGAGAGGGCAGUUGAUCUGCUCGUCAAUCAAUGAAACCUUGUUAUGGGAAAGGUUAAAUGCAACUAAAGCUGAUGUGAAGGCUGCCUUCGCUGAUGAUUUUGACACCCCAGGGGCUACUGAUUCAAUUAUAAAUCUUAUUCACUAUGGCAACAGACAGCUUCAAACUGUUUCCACGCAGGAAAGAGAUUACCCUCGAAGUCCUGCUGUGUUCGGUGCAAUUGUUACUUAUAUCAAACGGUUCCUGGAUGAUGUUGGUAUUUCUCUUGAUGAUGGUCAGCUACUGACAACAGACAGAUCUUCAGCCACCCUUCACACUGUUGCCGAGCAGUUGGUGGCUUUUCGCCAGGAGGUCAGGAACUACGCUCUCGCAGUGAACGAGCAAGAGGCAAGCUGCAGAGGCAGAGAGCUGAGCAAGGAAGAGGAAGAGCAACAGAGGGAGCGUAGGAGGCAGCUAAAGAUUGAGCGACAGCCUCUCCUGAGAGCCUGUGACUCACUGCGGAAGGAUCUUGGUGCCAUUGGAAUCAACAUAAAGGAUAGAGGGACUUCAUCAUCUUGGGAGAUGACCCCACAACUCGCUAACAGAAGCACAGGUGAAAGCUGACCAUUGACAUCUGACCGUAGGGAGACGAUGUUGCACAGUGCUCUCUGGAUGUUAUUUCUGCUGUGAGCGGAUCAGCUGAACUCAACAUUAGCCACACAGUGACGGGCUGAGCCAGAGGACUGAUUCAACAUGAUUACUAUCCCAAAUCUCUAAUCAUGAGUUUUCCUGGUCUGAAGCUGGACUGCAGAAACACUUCCUUUCAACAUGUAUGGCAAGCACACUGCUCUCAGGGAAGGAACAUUUCCAACCAGGGAACCAUCAGUCAUUCAGCAAGACUGUAGAAAGCUCUGAUCAUUGUGGUGUUGUGUAUCAAUGUAUUCAUCACCAAUAAAAUGAAAGUGAAUAUGACAAGCUGUGAUUAAUUCCUAGACUGAAGAUUUGUACUUGUAUAAAGAUGCAGCUGUUUCUGCGUGUGGCCAUCGGGAAUGCCUCAGUCACUGCUGCAUUUACCCCAAUAUGUCCAUCUCUGCUGAUAGAGAAUGGGGAGUGAGGUGGAAGAAACCUUUUAAACUCUUGUGGAAAGUGAUAUAUAAAAUCAUGAGGGGCAUGGAUAAGGUGAAUGGUCAGCCGUCCUGGGUAGGGGAAUCCAUAACUGGAAAGCAGCAUAGUAGCAUGGCAGUUAAAGUAACACUAUUACAAACCAACAAUCAACGAUUUCCCUUUUCUGCCUGUGACUGCGUGGUUUCCUCCCACAUUCCAAGGACGUGCUUUGCUGGUGCCAGGAUGCAUGCGGGCAGCCCAGCAACAGACUCAUUUCACUGUUUCAAUGCACACACUACAAAUGAAGCUUUUUUUUCUAUCUUUGUCACAGAGGAGCCAUACAUUUCCAUUUUGCUCAAUAAUACCAAGUAUUAACUAGUAAACAAUUAUUUUUAGUAUCUUAUGGCGUAGGAUUUUGGAAUCAGUUACUUCCAUGUGCAGCCUAAGGCAGAGAAGUUAAUUCAGUUCAAUGUGUAAUUAGUUGUAAUCUAUAGUAGUGUAUAUUGAACUGGCAGUAGAAGCAGCUACAAUUCUGAUGAUUAAAAAGACAGUUGGACAGGCACGUGGAGGAGAGGGGAUCUGGGCCAAACACAGGCUGAUGCAACUAUCUUGGAUAGACGUCCUGGUUGGCAACAGUUAGUUUCUAUGCUGCAUGACUUGACAUUUUACACGUUCCUGUUCAACUAACAUUCAGUAGCAACACUGCACAUUCGCGGGGAAAGUGAAGGUGUUUAUUUUAAGCACAGCGCUGAGAUUAUUCUGUUGUUGGAUUUUACUCAUUGUUGUCUCUGUCCUGCUAGUGAGACACUACAAUAUGGGCAAAACCCAGCACCACAGUUUGCAGAUAGCACUUUGAAGAAAAGGUAUAGUAGGUGGUCUCUUCUGUGGAACCCGGUGUUUCCACUGUUUAUAUUUGUAAAGCUGUUCUCAUUUUCAGAAGAGCUCUGCUCUCUAACUACAUUCCCAAUACAGCUGACAUCUGUUUCCUGGGCAACAUGCACUCAAUGUUCUGCUAAGCAGCAAUGACAGGAAAACUACUAUAAGUCCAUCCAGCUUAAGAUCUAAUGAACAUGUGUCUUAUGCUGGUUUAGGAGUGUAGAUUCUGACAUUAAGCAUGGUCAGUGAUAGGGCAGAACCAAUUCAACUCCAGCUGCCAUGUGGAUGUAAUUAAUGCAACCCUGGCCCAACACCACUGACACUCUUGUCUGUGGUAUCAACACAGUGAGGGAGCAGCAGGUAAGUCAGUAGGGCAAGGGGACUGGAAACGUUAUCAGGUCUUUUUAAGCUUUGCCAGUUGUGAUUGGCACUGAGCUCCGUGAAAGAACAUGUAAGUAUUAUAGUUAAAGAGCAUUAGAUAAAUAUAGGAAAGAGUCUAUGAACAACAGGAGGAUAUCAGAGGGGUCCUGGGCUCAGUGGCACAAGUUGUCCCAGGUCGAGAACUGUACACUACCAAAAGAGUGAAGGGGCAAAGUGUCUUCCUGCGGCAAACAGAAAUCUGGGCAGGAGUUAGCAUUCAAGCGCAGUGGAUGGUUUUCUGAUUUCGAGUGAGUAUAGAGUGGAAAAUCACUGCUGGUGAGAAAACUUGUCAAAUUAUUGUAGAUGACAACAGGUAAUGUUUGUAGUCAUACAGAAUUGCAAUGGGCCCUCCAGCCAGCCUAUA